AUGGAGGUGGCGGUGGAGAAGGCGGCGGCGGCCGGCGGCGGCGAGAACGAGGCCGAGAGCCGGCAGGGCCCGGACUCGGAGCGCGGCGGCGAGGCGGCCCGCCUCAACCUGUUGGACACUUGCGCCGUGUGCCGCCAGAACAUCCAGAGCCGGGCGCCCAAGCUGCUGCCCUGCCUGCACUCGUUCUGCCAGCGCUGCCUGCCGGCGCCGCAGCGCUACCUCAUGCUGCCCGCGCCCAUGCUGGGCUCGGCCGAGACCCCGCCGCCCGUCAGCGGCGCGUCGCCGUUCGCCACGCAGGUUGGAGUCAUCCGAUGCCCGGUUUGCAGUCAAGAAUGUGCCGAGAGACACAUCAUAGAUAAUUUUUUCGUGAAGGACACUACUGAGGUUCCCAGCAGCACGGUCGAAAAGUCUAAUCAGGUGUGUACAAGCUGUGAGGACAAUGCGGAAGCUAAUGGAUUUUGUGUAGAGUGUGUUGAAUGGCUGUGUAAAACAUGUAUAAGAGCUCAUCAGAGGGUGAAGUUCACGAAAGACCACACUGUCAGACAGAAGGAGGAAGUAUCUCCAGAGGCAGUUGGUGUGACCAGUCAACGGCCAGUGUUUUGUCCUUUUCAUAAAAAGGAGCAGUUGAAGCUUUACUGUGAGACAUGUGACAAGCUGACAUGUCGGGACUGCCAGCUGUUAGAACAUAAAGAGCAUAGAUACCAAUUUAUAGAAGAAGCUUUUCAGAACCAGAAAGUGAUAAUAGACACGUUAAUCACCAAACUGAUGGAAAAGACAAAAUAUAUAAAAUUUACAGGAAAUCAGAUCCAAAACAGAAUAAUCGAAGUGAAUCAAAACCAGAAGCAAGUGGAGCAGGAUAUCAAGGUUGCUAUAUUUACACUGAUGGUAGAAAUCAACAAGAAAGGGAAAGCUCUACUGCACCAGCUGGAGAGCCUUGCAAAGGACCAUCGUAUGAAACUUAUGCAGCAGCAACAGGAGGUGGCUGGACUUUCCAAACAGUUGGAACACGUCAUGCAUUUCUCUAAAUGGGCAGUUUCUAGUGGCAGCAGUACAGCAUUACUGUAUAGCAAGCGACUGAUUACAUACCGGUUACGGCACCUCCUUCGUGCAAGGUGUGAUGCUUCCCCAGUGACCAACAACACCAUCCAGUUUCACUGUGAUCCUAGUUUCUGGGCUCAAAAUAUUAUCAACUUAGGUUCUUUAGUAAUCGAGGAUAAAGAGAGCCAGCCUCAAAUGCCUAAACAGAAUCCUGUCAUGGAACAGAAUUCACAGCCAUCAGGUGGUUUAUCUUCAAACCAGUUAUCCAAGUUCCCAACACAGAUCAGCCUAGCUCAAUUACGACUCCAGCAUAUGCAGCAACAGGUAAUGGCUCAGAGGCAACAGGUGCAACGGAGGCCAGCACCUGUGGGUUUACCAAACCCUAGAAUGCAGGGGCCCAGCCAGCAGGGGCCCAGCCAGCAACCUUCCAUCUCUCAUCAGCAGCCCCCUCCACGUUUGAUAAAUUUUCAGAAUCAUAGCCCUAAACCAAAUGGACCAGUUCUUCCUCCUCAUCCUCAACAGCUGAGAUAUCCUUCAAGCCAGAAUAUACCCAGACAAGCAAUAAAGCCCAACCCCCUGCAGAUGGCUUUCUUGGCCCAACAAGCCAUAAAACAGUGGCAGAUUAGCAGUGGACAGGGUGCCCCAUCAACUGCCAGCAGCACCUCUUCCACCCCCUCUAGUCCUACCAUUACCAGUGCAGCAGGGUGCGAUGGGAAGGCAUUUGGGUCACCCAUGAUUGACCUGAGCUCACCAGUGGGAGGUUCUUACAAUCUUCCUUCUCUUCCAGAUAUUGACUGUUCAAGUACAAUUAUGUUGGAGAACAUUGGGAGAAAAGAUACUAGUAUAGAACAUGGCCAGCCAAGACCACCCUCCAACAGGACAGUCCAGUCACCAAAUUCAUCCGUGCCAUCCCCAGGCCUUGCAGGACCUGUCACUAUGACUAGUGUACAUCCCCCAAUACGUUCACCUAGUGCCUCCAGCAUUGGGAGCCGAGGAAGCUCUGGCUCCUCCAGCAAACCAGCAGGAGCAGAUUCUACACAUAAAGUGCCAGUGGUCAUGUUGGAGCCAAUCCGAAUAAAACAAGAAAACAGUGGACCACCUGAGAAUUACGAUUUUCCUGUUGUUAUAGUGAAACAAGAAUCUGAUGAGGAAUCUAGGCCUCAAAAUACCAGCUAUCCAAGAAGCAUACUCACUUCCCUGCUCUUACACAGUGGUCAGAGCUCUGCUUCCGAGGAGACUGUGCUGAGAUCCGAUGCCCCUGAUAGCACAGGAGAUCAGCCUGGACUUCAGCAGGAGAAUUCCUCAAAUGAGAAGUCUGACUGGCUGGCUGCAUCCCAGAAGUCCCCUCUUCAUGUUGGGGAGACCAGGAAGGAGGAUGAUCCCAAUGAGGACUGGUGUGCGGUUUGUCAGAACGGAGGGGAACUCUUAUGCUGUGACAAGUGUCCCAAAGUAUUCCAUCUCUCUUGCCAUGUGCCCACUCUGACAAAUUUCCCAAGUGGAGAGUGGAUUUGUACUUUCUGCCGAGACUUAUCAAAACCGGAAGUUGAAUAUGAUUGUGAUGCUCGGAGUCACAGCUCAGAAAAACGGAAAGCUGAUGGCCUCGUGAAACUAACCCCAGUAGAUAAAAGGAAGUGUGAACGCCUACUUUUAUUUCUUUAUUGCCAUGAAAUGAGUCUUGCUUUUCAAGAUCCUGUUCCUUUAACUGUGCCUGAUUAUUACAAAAUAAUUAAAAACCCAAUGGAUUUGUCAACCAUUAAGAAAAGACUACAAGAAGAUUAUCCCAUGUACACAAAGCCUGAAGAUUUUGUUGCUGAUUUUAGGCUUAUCUUUCAAAACUGUGCUGAAUUCAAUGAGCCUGAUUCAGAAGUAGCCAAUGCUGGUAUAAAACUUGAAAGCUAUUUUGAAGAACUUCUAAAGAACCUUUAUCCAGAAAAAAGAUUUCCUAAGCUAGAAUUCAGGAAUGAAUCUGAAGAUAAUAAAUUUAGUGAUGAUUCAGACGAUGACUUUGUGCAGCCCCGGAAGAAGCGCCUCAAAAGCAUCGAGGAACGCCAGAUGCUUAAAUAAGCCGCACCAUGCGUUGGCAUGUGGCUGGUUUACAAUUUGUUUUCCAAAACACUUGUCAGUAAUUCAACACCAAUACAAACAGGAGUUUGUGACCUCUCUGCUCUCUUGUCUUUGAUGUUCGGUAGACUUUGAUUUCCUUAAUAACCCAUUUCUUCUAACCUCUUAUUAAAGAAGGAAAUGGAUGGCAUGGAAGGAAGAAAAUGUCCUAGCAAGGAAGAAAGCUCAACAAUAAAAGACAUUCUCAUUUCAUGGAUUUCAGAGCGUCGGUCUGGAGUGAUAGCUACUAUAGAAAGGAAAUAGACUUUGUAUGAACUUUGUGUUGAAAAUUUAAUGUGGUUUGAAUGUGUGCGUUAGUCCAUGUUUAGCAAAUUAAUACCACUGCCCAUGAGUUACGACCCAAACACAAGUUAAGCGUUCUUUGUUAAGAGCAGUGCUCAUGAACUUUCAUGAGUGGUAAGCGUUCUAUCCAGGACGGUGACUGGUACAACAGAAGGGCAGAUUAGAUGCUGUUAAGAUGGCACCUCCUAGUAUGUUUGUGUAAGAUGGGAAUUGUAUUAAAAGAUCAGGAAAUCCAGUGUUUGAUUUCUGUUUUUAUCGUGUCUAUAGAGGUGUUUGUUAUAGCAGAUCUCCAAGGCCUUUUUACAUACAUUUCUAGAUUAGAUUUUCUUCAGCUUCUACUGAGGGAAGUUAAGUGUGCACAUGUUUGAUUUAGCUGUGUUGUCUGUGUGGUUUGUUGUUUGUGUUAGCUGCGCAGGUGUGAUCCUUUUAAAGCAAACCUCAUUGUUGGCAGUAUGGCUUUCAGUGAUUCUCAAAAUACAAUGUGCACCGUAUGUGAUGUGAAGUUUGAUCAACAUAUCUUACUGGGCAUUAAAUAUAAGUUCCUCUGAAGGGGACUAAUUUUUGUGGUUUUCAUCUGUCUUGAUGUUUGGAAUGAAAAUGUGUUGUAGGAUUUCGGAGCAGACAAUUAGGGGAAAUUAUAAUGAAAUUGUCAUUUUAUUUCCUGAGGUCUCCAUCUCCCCACCCCACCCUCUUUAUUUACUUUUAUUUUUUAUUUUUUUUUAAGAAUCACAGUCUGAGCCUUAAUGUUUAAUCUGACUUAAUUUUGAAUUCCAGUUUCCUGGUACAGAAUCCUAUCACCUCAGAACAGCAUAUUAGUGGCCAGGCUCAGCUGGUUUAACUGACAUACAUUUAUUUCUUCUAUGUACUCUGUUUUCUAGGAUCUGAUGAACUGUCAAAGGAGGAAACUAAAUUAUAGAAGAAAAUUGUCAUAAUCAAAAUUUGACAAUAUACACAUGAGUAUUUUUAGUUUGCUAAAGCAUACACUUAGUAAUAAAACAUUACAGCUAAUAUUUGACUGGAGGAAAUAUAGAGUAAAAAUACAGCUGACUUGAAUGCUCUUCUGAAUUUAUCACCUCCCAUGGAAGAAGCACAGAGGACUUUUAUGCAGAGGGCAUUGCUUCUGAAAUGAACAAGUUUGACAAUAUUUUGCGGAGAAUUCAUUGGGUUUCAGGUAUUGCUAAGCUAAUUUACUAGCAAUAUCUCUAUUUUUGUAUAUACUGAGAUCUUGUGCAUAAUGUCACUUAUGUAUUAGUUGUUUAAAAAGACUUACUUUCCCAAGUAUGUGUUACACCAUGAUGAGUACUAUCUUGAAUAUGCUUUUGACAUUUAUUUUCCAAAGAUGGUUUGAACAAAUACUUUUUUUUUUUUUGCUUGUAGCGUUUUAGUACAGCAUUCAUGGCACUUUCGCUAAUAAGUUUAUUGCUGGCAUUGUUUGUUCCAUAUUUUUCUCCUGAAUUAAAACUAAGCAAUAUGAGUAAAUUAUUUUGAAAAUCCACAAAGGGCAGUUGGGAUUAGGAGAGAAAAAAUUAUUUCCUGAAUGUAUCUGAGCCAGAAUGUCUACUAACAUGAAUUAUCAGUAUUAUCUUUGUGCCACUUUCUUUUCUGAUACAGUAUUUCUUUUACCCUUAGAGUUUGCUAAGUGAAUACAGUUAAAAGCCAUCCUUCUUGUAGUCAUAUGUAAUAUAAUCCUAUUAAAUGUAAAUGCUCUGUUUUUUCUCUCCAAGUGCCCUCUUGUAACGAUCUCUCAAUUCUGGGACUUUAUUAAGUGCCUGUGGGCGUGCCCAGGUGAAUCCCAGCUAAGCAGUCCUUGAAUUCGAAUACAAACAAGCUAUAAAAGAAGCCUGACUGCACUUGACACUGAUUAAGAGAGCGUGUCCCAAAAAAUCGGUACGAGUCAAGCAGGCUUGACCUCAGCUUGCACACACUAACAUUCACCUCUGAAACCUUGGUGCAGUUGCUGCAGGAUUCACAGGAUCGUGUUCUUGGUGAGUGCUCUUGCAUGAGGAGACCGUGUGGAAGCGGUGCCUGCUUCAUUCCAGCUGAGCAGUGUUCUUAGAUGCCAGGACCUCAGUCUUUCUGGCAAUGCAAUAAGGAACCCAAGGACACAGGCAGAAAGACAGACAGACUGAAACCAUAAUAAAAGUAGUUUAAUAUCAGUAACUGGCCAUCCAUUCAUUUUCUUCAGAGUUUCUGCUCUUCCUUUGGUCGCUAUCCCUCCCCAAGCUAAACAACAGGCUUUGUGGUUUACUACCACAAAGAUUUUAACUAAGGAAUGCAAAGGGAGUUAGCAUGCAGGCUCAUCUUUGAGUUUAGCAUUGAAAGUCCUGUGCUGUUACUAUACUUAACAUUUCCAUGGAGAGAUGAGAAACUUUUGCUGAGACCUCACCCAAAUUGUGGAUCCCUUGAAUCAGUUGCUAUGUGUGAACAAAAGAUUUUUAAGUUUAAAUUGAACUACAUUUUCUAUUUGUAAUUGUUAUGAGAGGAGUUGAGUGAUCUAAUUGGCCAUUAAGAUUAUUGACAUGACCAUGAGUUCAGUUCUCUAAUUUCUUAUGGAGCUCUUUUUAAAUAACCACAUACAUAUUUUUAGAAGUAUUUUAUAACCUAUGUAAAUUAGCUGAUGUAAGUUCCCAUCCAAGAUGAAGGUACAAUAAGUCCUGAUGCACGUUGGGAACUCAUGUCCCAGAGUGAGAGUGCUAGCCAGUUGGAUCACCAACUUCUUUGUCCAUGAAGGCUUAACGUAUCGUGAAGGACAUCGAGGCAACAGUCUGUUGUUUUACUUUGGGGGUCAGACUGGUGAUCUUCAUUUUAAUAAAAGUGAACUUUGGACUUCGGAGAAUACCGUAAGAAUUUCAGUAAUUCCAGAAUAUUGUAUCAGUCAUUUGAAACUAGCAGUCCUUCCUUACUACCUCUGUAUGUUCCUAUGAGUGUAACUUUGAUACAUAAAGGGAGAAUCUUCUAUAAACAAAUGUAAUAGGAAAAUUUUUUAAUCUAAUGUAUGUAUUUCACCAGCUUUAAAAGAUGGAAAAAAAGGGUGAGUGGGGGGUAUCUUCAGCUGAUGAUUUUUCUCCUUGAAGGAUCCCAGCCUCUUGGUGUAUGAGAGCCAAAGAUAGUAUGAAAAAUCCUAGUUUGAGUUGUUUCCAGGAAGACAGACUGGGGACCAUCAACAUGCUUGUUUGCCAAGUUUCCCUGUGUUCAUGGAGUCUCAUCACAACUAUUUUGAAAUAACAUUAUUGCAUUUUUAAUACACCUUCUCCUGUUUGAUUGCAAAAUUAGUUUUUAAAUAGAAUUAAGUCAAACAUUUAGCAAAAGCGUCUUCCCACAUUUUGAAAUGUGCUGUGGAAGAAAGAUUAUUUUAACAUUGUCUUCUAUAUAUCAGAAUUGUUGAAAAUGUAUUUCCCUUCCCAUCUUCUCAUGCCUUUUCCCUAAGACAAGUGAGCCAGAAAAUGCAGGAAUCUUUCUACCGCAGAAGCCAAGUUGUCAGCCUUGUCACGGUGGGCAGUGUGGAGAGGAUGGAAUAUACGGAUCAACCGCAGGAGAACAUUUCUCACCCCUGGCAUGAUAAUGUACUGUCUUGGGGAAUGGCAUUUUCCCAAAGAAAACCCAGGUGUUCCAGACCAGACUUCCACAGUGAUGAUUAUGUAA